AUGUAAUCUGAAAAUGCUCAGUUUUGUUAAGAAAUGAGAUAACAAUUAAGUGAUAUCAAGAAUAGAAUAAAUAGAUUAUUACCUUAAAGGAGUGUUAGUCCUAUAAACAGUCAAACCUCAUCUACGAUGUCAGAAUAAUCUCAAUAAUCAUUGAAAUCAAGUUAGUUCAUUCGGCUUUCACAAGAAGAUGAUGUCUAAAAGAAUAUAGCAAAGAUAAACAAUAUGAUAAUGGAAAGAAGAUAAAAAACCGAGUAACUGCUAAAAUAUUAAUAUUGA